AUGGUCCGUUUCAGCACAACGACCACAUCGGGUCAGCCAGUGCACCUCAGUAGUUCAAUUACUUCUUCACCAGUCACUUCUAUUUCUGACAGUCACAAUGGAGAUGGUUGGAUGUCUUCGCCCCAACGACGUGAUGCCAGAGACGAUCUGUCACCAAUGAGCGAAACAAGCGCACAACUUGGAAGUAUGACUAGGAACUCAAACUCCAGCAAGGCCUGUCCGAUUUCGAUGCGCCCCAUUGUGGAUCGCGCGGUAUUCUUGGCGACGUCGCAAGCUCGGGGCGAGUCCAGCGACAUUGACUUCAGUUGGAUUCGUGAAGAGGAGAAUAAGUUAAAGAAUGAACGAGGUGAGCAAACCGAUCGGGCCGAAGUUUACCCAACGACUUCUGGGACGUUCUUCGUUCCUUAUCUGUUUUCUUUACAGAGAACCAACGCUUGCGAAUGCUACUUCGGCAUGGAUCCUCCCAAAUUGGAGGAUACACCGCUCACUUCUCACACUCGCUCGGAGCGCGAUGAAAAGGAGAAUUAUCGUAGUGCGUUGAAAUCACGAUCAUCCACUCAUCUAGAGGAUCGUCAAAUGGAGUAUUCGGCUAGGCGUGAGAUGGGUCCGAUGGCAAGACGAUUACAGCGAAUGCAG